AUGUUAAUUGGAUGCAUUGCUGAAUUAAGUCCUGAAGAAGAACAAGCUUUCUUGAAACCAGGUAUCAAUGAUUUUUCAGUUAUGUAUUCAUGUCGUAAAAAAUGUUCGCAAUUAUGGCUUGGACCUGCCGCUUAUAUCAAUCAUGAUUGUCGCGCAAAUUGCAAAUUUGUAGCUACAGGUUUAAGUUCAGCUUAUAUUCAUGUACUUCGUCCGAUUGAAAUUGGUAAUGAAAUAACUUGUUGUUAUGGAUCGGAUUUUUUCGGUGAUAAUAAUUCACAUUGUGAAUGUCAUAGCUGUGAAAUACUUGGUAAAGGUGCAUUUCUAGAAAAAAAUUCAUCUAUAACAAGAUCUGUUACAAAUACUGAUCUUAUUUCGAUCCAAACAAUUCCAACUGCUAAUGUUCCAGAUGAACAAACAACAGCAUCACCGCAGAUGAAUAUAGUCAUUUCUACACGUUUACGUCAAACUGAUAAACGUCUUCUACGUAAAAUUCAUUCAGCAAAUAGUAUCAUUCAAAAACAAGAAAAACAAACAACAAUUGAAGAAACGAAUACGAUUGAUUCUAAACAAUCACAAGUUAUAUUUCGCAAUAAAAAUGGUCAAUUUGCUUCUCCACCAAAUGGAUCAAAAUCAACAAAAUCGUCUUCUCGAAAGAAAAAAACAAAAACUACGAUUGAUUCUUCAUUACAAUCAUUUUCAUCUACAUAUCAUUUAGCAACUUCAAACAAAUUAAUAUCACGACGAAGACAAAGUAGUUUAAGUUCAUUUAUAUCAAAAUCACCGGUGAAUAUUAAUCAAGAUAAACCAUCAACAACACUAUCAUCAAUUAAUUCUGAUGAACCUACUUCAGAUUCUCUUUCACCAUUAAGAACAAAUAAAGAAACUGUUGCAGCAAAUUCAAAUUUAUCUACUAUAACUACUCGACCAUCUCGUCUUCUUUCACCUACAUUAUCAACAUCUUCAUCUUCUUCAUUUUCAUCAGCCUCACCAACAUAUCAUAGAACCCGUCAACGUACUUCAUCACAAUAUUCAUCAUCAUCUGCAUCAUUAUCAACAACUCCACAUUCAAAUAAUCCAAGUUUUCUUAUUUGGCGUCCAACUAUUCGUUCAAGUCGUCAUUCAAGUUCAUCGUCAAUUAGUUCUCUAUCAUCAACUACUGAUAGUGAACAUAAUAAUCCUGAUGAAAUAUCUCCACGACGAGUUGUUCCAAAAUUAACAAUUCGUAUGAAACCUGAUCCAUUUUCAUUAGAUGACGUGGAAAAUAUAAAAUCAUCAAAAUCAUCUAUGGUUACAGUUAAACUUGAUAAUAAAAAACGACCAUUGAUGGAUACAACGAUUCAUGAAACACCAUCAUUCCGUGCGAAAAAACGUCGAAAAACAUAG